UAGGGGCUCGGAGGGCGCCACCAGUGGUCACUCCAGCCUGCAGGGGAAAGUUUGGUUCUGGUCUCUUUCCCCAGAUGUCCCGGAAAGGGAUCGCCCUAGUCAGGAAGUUUCGGCAGGCAUCCCAGGGCCUGGCCACGGCCCAGGGUGACUUCUUGGGUCACUCGGGUCCCCGACCUCACUGGCAGGCCGUGCCCGGACGAUGGGCGCGUGGGCCCGGCUCACGCUGCUACUGCUCCUCUUCGUGCAGACCGCGGCCCCUACAGAGCCUGAGUGGUUUCCCCCAGUCAUUAGUGAACAGGAAGUUCCCUCUCAGGGUGUCCUCGGCCGGAGCGGCCCUCGGUGUCGCGGGGCAGUAGAUGAACACCGGGCUGAGUACUUGCUGGGUAUUGACUCUCCAGGCUCCCACACCCUGCACUACCUCUUCAUGUGUGCCUCAGAGCCCGACAUUGGGCUGCCAUUGUUUGAGGCUCUGGGCUACGUGGAUGACCAGCUGUUCGUGUCCUACAAUCGUGAGAGUCGUCGUGCUGAGGCCCGGGCUCCAUGGAUUGGGAGCAGGACCUCAAGCCGGCUGUGGCUCCAGCUCAGUCAGAGCCUGAAAGGGUGGGAGCACAUGUUCAUUGUGGACUUCUGGACUAUCAUGGACAACCACAACCACAACAAGGAGCCCCACACCCUGCAGGUGAUCUUGGGUUGCAAGGUGCAGGAAGACAACAGCACCAGGGGUUUCUGGAAGUACGGGUACGAUGGGCAGGACCACCUCGACUUCUGCCCCGAGACACUGGAUUGGAGAGCAGCAGAGCCUGCAGCCCAUGCCACCAAGCUGGAGUGGGAAGAGCACAAGAUUCGGGAGAAGCAGAUCAAAGCCUACUUGGAGAAAGACUGCCCUGAGCAGCUGCAGAGGUUCCUGGAGCUGGGGAGAGGGGUUCUGGACCAGUCAGUACCUCCUUCGGUGAAGGUGACUCAUCACGUGGCUCCUGCAGCAACCAUGUUACAGUGUCAGGCUCUGAACUUCUACCCCCAGAACAUCACCAUGAGAUGGCUGAAGGACAAGCAGCCACUGGAUGUCAAGGAGAGCGGGUGGAAGGAUGUGCUGCCCAAUGGGGAUGGGACCUACCAGGGUUGGGUGGCCUUGUCUGUGCCUCUUGGGGAGGAGCAGAGGUACACCUGCCAAGUGGAACAUGCAGGCCUGGAUCAGCCCCUCACAGCAACCUGGGAGCCUUCACCAUCUAAUGCCUUGGUCAUUGGAAUCACCAGUGGCACUACUGUCUGUGUCAUCAUCUUCUUUACUGGAAUUUUGUUCAGAACUUUAAGGAAGAAGCAGGCUUCAAGAGGAGCCAUGCGGGACUAUGUCUUAGCCGGGUGUGAGUGACUUGCAGUCUGCAGACCUGUUCUG